AUGCUUCAGAAACAAUUCAUGGCAAGUUGGGUCACUAUAUUUUUAAACCAGUUAGAGACUCAAUUAUCCUUACAAGCAGAACCUUUUAUAACAUUUCAAUUUAGUUCAAUCGGAUUAGAUGGAUUCCCAUCAUCAAGAACAGUUGUUUACCGAGGAUUUUUGUUCAAUGACGAGAGUAAUAACAUCAUAACGUUCACCACUGAUAAAAGAAUGGAUAAAUAUCAACAAUUAUUACAAAAUGAUAAAUUUGAAGCAGUAUUCUAUUUCAACCAUGUAAAGACACAAUUCAGAUUCAAAGGUCAUGCUAAAGUCAUCGAUAGUGAACAUAAACCACUCAUAAAUUUGAAUAAUAUUCAACCAAGAAGUGUAGGAGAAAGUUAUGAUGACGAAGAAGAUCAUGAAGAAGAUCAAUUACAACUUAAUUUGAAUAAAAUGGAUAUUUCUGCUUCACAAAAACCCAAGACAUGUCAAAAGUCAUCAAUAGAUUACAAUUUAAUUUCACCAACAUUGGUAAAUACUAAUGACAAUGGAUCAUCUUUAAAUUUAGCAGAAUUAAAUAUUCAUCCCCCAACUAACGAAGAAUAUGACAUAGAACUUCAAAGACAAUGGGAUAAUUUAUCCAAGAACUUGAAGAAAUCAUUCAGAAAACCACCACCAAAGUCAUUAAUGACUCCUGAGUUAUCCAAAAAGAUAGAUUCCAUAAAUAGAGGUGUUGAUGGUAAAAAAGAUAUCGAUGGUUUCAAGAAUUUCUCCCUUGUGGGUUUAUUUAUAGAUCAUGUUGAUUAUUAUGAUGGUGAACAUGAAAAGAGAUACAUAAGUGAAAGGGAUGAAUAUGAUUUAUGGAAAGAAACUGAAGUUUGUCCAUAA